AUGGCUGUUAAUAGCCGCCCCAGUCUUGAUGUUCUUGUACCAUUAGUAAUGAUAGAAAAUAAUAUAACAAAUGAUAAUAAUGAUAAUUUACCUUGUGAACCACCAAAAGAAGUGCUUCGUCAUUUUGAUUCAGGUGAUAUUGUUCUGGUUCAAUUAGAUUCACAAUGUUUACCUGCAAUUGUCUUCAACAUCAGUGGUCUUGUCAUGAAAUUCGAUAUUGAUCGGCAAUUGUAUCAUGUUUGUUUAUUGGAUAAGGAAUGUACAGAACAAUGGGUUGAUGCAAUGAAUAUGAUCAUCUAUUCAGUACCAAUGAUAGCAGAAUGUGAAAAUGAACAAGUAACUCUUAUGUGGUCUACAGCGAAUGAACUUCUUGAAAUUUCUAAUAAUGAUGAUGAUAAAACUCGGCUUGAAGAAUUUAAAAGACGAUUUAGUGAAGCUAGACACCAAAAAGCACCUCUUUUAUCUAUGAAUACUUCGAAAAAAAACAAACAAAGUCAUACUUCAAAUCAAAAAGUUUCUACACAGAUAGCUUAUGCUCCAUUAACAACUUGUGAAGAAUUACACAUUAUUGAUUCUAUUUAUCGAUUACCACAAUGUACAUAUGCUGAAGCAAAGCGCACAGCUGAAGAUACUUAUAUGAAAAUUGUUUGCACGAAUAAUCGUGAAAAUAUUCACUCAUGUUCAAUGGGAGUCAUUUCUGAUCAAUGGUUCCUCACAUUUGCUAUUCAAAAAAUUGAUUAUUUUCGACAGUAUUCGACUAUUUGGUUACCAGAUCUCGAAGGAAUGGUAGAUAUCAUUGAGAGUGAAAAAGAAUUACAUUCGUUAAUCUCAUUGAUGAAAAAAUAA